AUGCUACCAGUGCGGUCGUCGCCUAUACCCGAACUUCUCUCGCCCACUGCCCCUCCUGCUUCGGCCGCCGUCCGGUUGCCCGUCGCGUACCCAGCACCCGCUGUUGCGACCAGGCCGGCGGUGCCUGGUACAUUAGCUGCGAGCCCACCACCAGUUGGUAAACAAGCUACUACACCGAUCCCAUCAAGCGCGGUUGCUCGAGCGAGCCAGAGUACGUCGCAGGAUCGGAGAGUAGAGACAGAAGCGAAACCGCGCGCAAAAUGGUUCUACAAGCAGCGGCUGCCGUACCUCACAGUAGCACAGAGGGCGUCAAUUAUCCGUGGCACUCAGCGACCCCUUGAACUAGGUUCCUCCGAGCUCGCCAACCCGGUUACGUUUCAUGUGGAUUUUUCAGCUGCGGAACUAAAGUACAUCCGGGACUUCACUAGGCUUAAUCUGCCGUUGUCACCAAAGGCUGGGACUCCGAAAAAAGAUCUAACCAAGGUUCUCAGGAAGAACCGGGGCCACGUUCGGAGGAUCCUCGAUUUGUUUGCGCUGCGUGGCCAGCUCCCAGGGCGAACACGCGAGGACGUCGAGAACCUGUUCACCGAUCUCAUCAACCCCCAGAGCCGGCUAGGCCGCGCUGUUCUGACAUUAGAAAGGGACAACGGUGAUCAGCGCGGCGAUCAUAUUCGGUCCAGCCGUGUUGACUCCCUCUUGUUCGCAAGGGAAAUUUCUGGUCAGCGGAGCGUCGGGUCAAGAUGCCCACAGCGACUCAACUUCCAGAAUGAGUUCCGGAAGUACCGCGAGGACGACCUUGAGAAAAAGGCCGAGUGGACGGGUUGCGCGGGCGACAUCUCCACCAUUGCCUGGGUGUCCAACGACGGCUUCAUCUGUGGAACGACCGAGCACUCCGACGCGCACAAUCAGCAAUACAACAAGCCUGGCAAUUUGGUCUUAGGUUCGUGUAGUCGUGUCACCCUCCGUGCGUAUCCCGAGCAUCGCAUUGUCCGACCCAUCGUCGAAAGGGGGGAGAACUCGACCGAGGCCAUGCGGGAGAGCCAGGAUCCGUGGCUGUAUUCUUCGGUCGUGUCAUCCGACUAUGAUGCCAUCCACGAUCGGGCUUUUACCUGCUCUUUUGACCGGACGGUGAAGAUCUGGAAGGUUGAAAAGUCGGGAUCUUCCAUGAGCGUUCUAGGCGAGUGGAGGCAUGGCGGCAACGUCAACUUCGUUGCUGCAUCCAAGCAUGAGUCCGGCAUGGUCGCGACCGCCGCCGAUGUAGCAGUGGACGCGGUUCGAAUCUACAACGUCCUCGGGGAAGACAUCUCACGCAGCUCCUUCCGGUCUUACUCGUGCUCUCGCGUGACCGACGAGAGAGGAAACACCGUGUCGACGGAGAAGUGGGCCUAUUUCCCUGCGACCAUGCAGUGGGGCUUGGCAGACGGCGUGAAGAAUAUGCUGCUGGUGGGCUACUCGCCCAGGAGUCGGACGGGCGAUGAUAAUGACAUCCCUGUGGAGCGACGGGACACCGGCGAGCUGUGCCUGUGGGACGGCAUCACCGGAGAGCGGUGGCGUGUCACCUCGGCUACUACCCAGAACGUCUUUGAGGUCCUUUGGCACCCCACUCAAGCCUGUUUCAUCGCCGCCACCUCGCCCUUGGGCCUGGAUCUGGAGCCUAGUGUGCGUACGCAGAUCAGGAUCUUUCGGCCUGCGGAUCAGAUUCAGUUUGGCAUCAAGGCCUACAGCCCCAUCAUGACCCUGGAUUGUACGGCUAUCGAUGUCAACGAGCUGACAAUUAUGCCAAAUAGCUUCAAGUCUUCUUACGUCACGGCAGGGUGCACGGAUGGCAACACCUACGUGUGGGACACGGCCCGUGGCGAUAGGCCCAUCCACAUCCUUCGGCACGGCGAGCCGAUCGAUGAAUACCGGGGCGAUAGAGAACGCGAAGACGUGGGCGUCAAGUUCACAGCAUGGGGAACUACGCCCGAUCGGUUCUAUACAGGCUCUUCUGACGGUCUAGUCAAGGUCUGGAAUGUCCGCUCACUAGACAAGCCGCUGGUUCGGAACCUACUAGAGGCUCCAGCGCCUAUCACAGCGGGCAUGUUCUGCCCCGACAAGUCGAGGCUAGUAGUUGGGGACGCUAGCGGCCGAAUUUUCAUCCUCUCCAUCAACGACGAGAAGGAACAACUAAUGUUGGUCAUGGAAGUGCCUCUCCCGUGCGGAGGCUCUAAGAGGAUCCAGCGACCGCCCGCUGUCAUUCCACAUCCAGACCCCCCGGCGCCUACCCACGACGCUGAAGGCUGUCCGAUCAUAGCUACUUCAGGCCCUGCUCUCGGCCGCGCUUACCUCGAAAACCUGCAGCUUGAGCGCUAUCCUAACCCUACUAUUGGGGUGGUACAGGGCCCUCGAUAUCUUGAAACCGGUCUAUUCCGUCGCGAGCUGCACCUUAAUGAAGACCCUAACCAGCCGCUGCUUGCGCAGUGCCAGAUGAUGCAGCAAGAGGAUCAGAAGCCGCCAUGGCGCCUUGCGAGCAAGCGACGAGAUCAAGGCCUAGCUUUGAGGCUGCUGAAGGAAGUAGCGAACCUAAGAGAAGUGCACCUCGGGAAUAAAAGCUUAGAUCGUUUUUCUCUUGAUGUUGAGGCCUUGUCUAAAGAGACUAGAGUUGAGUUAGAGAAAGCUGGAGUGGAUUUUGAGCUGAUGAGGGACUAUAUCCUUGAGGAAGAAGAGUGGUUUAACUUGUAG